GUCCACCACCACCGUCGACUCCAUUAACGAAAACACUCCAAAAAUCUCUCAAAAUCCAAACAGGGAAGGUAAGGUAGAGAGAGUGUCAGCUGUGAAUAGAAUGGCGCCUCUAUUGCCCUCUAUCAGAGUCUUCUUCAUUUCCACUGGUGUACUGUCUUUGGCUUUGCUUUUGAAAUUUUCUGUUCCAUUGAUGACGGAGUUCUCGGCUCAUCAAGCGUGGAGCUCUUUCCUCUCCUGGCUCAAGCCUCCGUAUCUCUACUUCGUCAUCAACGGAAUCAUCAUCACCAUCGCCGCCUCCUCACGCUUCCACAAGAAUAACGAGGAAAAUCAACCUGAACAACUACCUGUACCGGUGAAGAUGUCAACUAAUCCGGUGCCGGAUUUCGGUUACGCAGAGAAGGUUACAGCGGUGAUUCGAUCUGAUUUUCAUUUGGCAUCUGCUGCAGAUGAUUUCUUUCUCUAUGAACAGAGAGAGGCAGAGGAAGAGACUGAAGCUUGUGAGGACAAGAGUGUUGUGGUGCUGAAUGGAUCUGAGGACGUUGAUGACGAGGAAGCGUUUCUGAUCUCCAGGUCGGCGUGGAUCCCGCCUAAGAGGCGAGAUGAGCCGGAGAUCCCUGAUAUUAUCUCGCCGGCAGAGAAACCUCUGGUUUCGGCUCGGUUCGGCCACCGGAAACCGGUUAAAGCCAGUCCUGAAGGGGGGAGAGCGUUGAAGGUCUCGAAACCGAAGCGUCAUGAGACGCUGGAGAACACAUGGAAGACGAUAACGGAGGGCCGUGCGAUGCCGUUAACGAGGCAUCUAAAGAAGUCGGACACGUGGGAGAAUCAUGGCCGUCACAUCAACGUGGACACUGAGGACCCACCUCAAGUGAAGAAAUCUGAGACGUUCAAGGACAGAACCAAUUACCAGAUGCCACCCGAGACACCGUCUCCUGUGAAGUUGAGGAAAGAACCGUCUCUGAGUCAGGACGAGUUGAACAGGCGAGUCGAGGCUUUCAUAAGGAAGUUCAAUGAAGAGAUGAGGUUGCAGAGGGAAGAAUCUUUGAAUCAUUACAAGGCAAUGGUUGGUCGUUGAAACUAUUGAUUGCGCUUUUCCUUUUUGUUUCUUGAUAGUGUACAAGUAUAUUGUUUAUUUUAUUUUAUUUUUUAAAAAUGGUUUCCCAAUAUUGGGGUUAUAAUGAAGAAGAAGAAAACGACCGAAAAGGAAAAAGAAAGGAAAAAAAGAAAAAUGAGGUUUUUGGGGGUCUGUGUUAGUUUUGUUGAUGUGUUAGAUAGAAGACUAGAUUGUGAUACAGAUGGGGGGUUUUCAAUAUGUGAUAAACAUAUAAAAUGGUCUGUACUGUAAAGAAAGAAACUUGAUGGUUUUGUUCUUUGAUUCAUGUUUUAAUGAAGCAGUAUCAUAGUAUUUUGUGGUGUA